AGGAGGACGUGAGCAGGGCCUAUAUGUGAUGUACUAUUACUAUUGUUGUGUUGUUUCGACUUAUACCGGAAGCUGUAGAUUGAGUCACGAAAGCUGUGAGAAGUUGGUUGGAAAUCAUUUGAUCUCGUGAACCCCCUUUAGUACUUGCUGGUAUUUCCCUCCCCAGUUGUUAACAGUCACCCGCAUCGCAAUUAUUACGGUUUACGCCACACAGAACAGAAUGCCUCCUUUCUCUUAAUCCAUUGAUGGAAUUACAACCUUUUCGAUUGCCGUUCAUCAAGGACAAAUGCGCCCCUAUCUUGUAUGUAAAGAGGAUUAAUCCUGGCUUUUUGUUGAGGGAUUAGCGUUAACUGUUGAGUGGAUUCAUCAACUGACAUUCAAUGGACACUCGGGAUGAUUCACAUAUCAUAUAACUGUAGAGUAACGGGAGAGCUGUGAAAUACUGGCAGGUGUGUCUAUGGUUUGAUAGUCAGAAGACUGACACUUUGAUGAUUCUCGGAAUUAUAAUCAAAUCAUCUGAACAGUAAAUAUGAAUAUUUGCCACGGCGCCACAAGAAACUCAUUGCAUGGUGCAGACUGGGCUGACAGCGAUUAUCGGACUUGAAAGUGUGCUGUUGACACUGAAAUUGAAUCCUGUGUUUUUUUCAUCUGCUUGCCGGGUGAGUUUUAUCAACCCCGUGUGUGUUAUUAGAAAAGCGCCUGCUUUGAAUGACAUAUUUUUUGUUGUGCUUCUGGAUUUGCCCUCGGUCAAUUUAGUGGUAUUCUUGAAGGAGGUCAGAGAUUCAGAAAGAGUGGUGUGUACAGACCUUGAUUCUAUUUAAGCUGAUCAUUUGGGAAGGAUGGACGACUUCGACAUCAGCCUUUUGUAGCUUUUGAACAUUCCCAUGUGCCUGAAUUUCCCGUCAGUGAGUCUGUGUGCCUUGGGAUUUGAUCUUAAUGCCACUUUAUACUUGCCCUGUGUCUUCUGUAAUGAAUUCACAGUAUAACUCUAUGCAAGUGGGCACUGGCCACCCAUUCAGUCAUCCAACACCUAGUCUAAAGUCAUCACCAGUGGAUAUCCCCGAAGGGAGCAAAGUCGGCCAUGGCAGGGAAUUCUUUUGUUUCAAUGAAGAUGUGCGACAAGCAGUUUCUUGUCCUUCGGCUUUCCAACCAGUCUGCGCAUACAAAAAGGCAGAGAGAGACAAAUUAAACCAGACCCCUCUAAGUGAUCAACCCAAGAUGUCUGCAAACUCUCCAUCAAAUAGAAAUCUCAUAGGGCGCCCUGUUUCUCCACAGACUGUCAGUGUCCGAACAAUACCACCUGGGGUCAAUUUCCAGUCGCACGGACGCGUGACGCUUCCUUUAUCCGACAAACCAGAAUCCAGUUCCAAACCUAGUUGGAUAAGAACUCGGCAGCAAAGAGAUCGAUCUCCUUCUGUGGAUAGUAGGCAUCUGCUGAAUAGCUACAAACAACCUUCACCCAACAGAAGUCUUUCAUCAGAUCCGGCGUGCCCAGUGACUGUCCGACCAGUGUCACCAGGAAUUCUAAGUCUAUGCAACAAAUUUGCUCCGGUGAAAAGCACCUCGGAUUUUAACUUGGACAUCCCAAAGGGUCGUCCCAGAUCAAAGUCUGCCACAGGUGCCAUGAUUAAGAAACCUGACUCGCCAGUUUCCCCGCUGCUUCUUAGGCGUUCAGUGAGUCCUAAACCAACAAAACUGCUCCUUGCUACCGAUUCGUCCGACUCUGAAUCGGGACAAAGCCUUAACUUGGCCAGAAACUUGUUAUCACCCGGAAACAGCCCAAGUAGUGGGUAUGGUAGUGGAUUUUACUCCAGCAGUCCCCUUUGCCUUAGUCCAAGAAGUAACUCUCCUGCUCUGGUAGUAGAUGUAACCCACAAUUCAGACAAAACAAGUCAUGGACACCUAACCUUGCCUGACGCAGACGGCAGUAGAGCAGUGCGGACCUCAAGCCAGGAUAGUGGAGUUGCAAACAUUUCCGAAUCUGGACUUCAGUAUGGGCAAGCACCAUCAAGUGGAACAAUGUCGCCACCGGAAACAGUUUUGAGUCUCGCCGUCCCAAUGAACAACAGACCCAAAACUUUAGUUCGUUCGAACAAUGUCUUUGAGAGUAUCGACCAAAGAGAUUCUAAGAGCUUUCGGGAGCCAAGUCCUCAAUCCCCAGAUGAAGGAUUCCAAGACAGUGACAAAUCAAAUGCUUUUGAUCCUUCAGUAGCUCCCUUGUCUAGAGACAAUAACAAGCCAAACCAGGAGGUCAAAAAAUCCAAACUAACGAUUCGACUUAAAAGUCCUGGGAGCUCGCUUGACCAACCCCCCUCUCCUGACCCCCCUAAAAAUAUCCCAGAAAUAACUCUGCCGGUAAACUCCAGACCCUUCCUCACAGUCGAGGAGCGCCGGCGUGACUUUGGGAACAGAUCCGACACGUUGAUGUCAAGUGUGCAAAGCUUUGAGUGCCUUCCAUCGGUCGUUGUGAGUGACCACUGUGAUGAAGAAGUUAGUAACAUUUCUUGGGAUGGCAGUAUGGAUGCGUCAGUGUUUACCCCUAAAGAGCCAAGUCAGAUCGGCUUGUCUAUCGAUGAUAUCAAACGGUCUAAGAGUAUCAGGAAGCUAUCCAACGCUAGCACUCUGUCCUCAUUCAGCCACGAUUCUCUGGAUGAUGAACUUAGUGAUGAUAUGUGUUUCAAAGAAGAACCUAAGAAGGGGGAUCAAUGUGCGAUCACACUCAAGUGGGAGCGCCACCGCGAUUUCACCCCUGCAUCUUAUCUUGUUGCGGGAUCCCGAUUUUGCAAUUGUGGAUCCAGUGGGAACGCGGCCUAUUAG